UUCAGCCCGCAUCAUCUGGUGAAGGACACAGCAACGAUAUCAACCAUCCUCCACUUUCGCGCUGUGCAGCCCUAUUUGAAGGACGGUGUAUACCUAAUCUACCCAGCAAUUUGAAGGUCGGCGAAUACUGUGCAGAACAAGGCGAAGUUGGGCGACAAUGACCUCUGAUCGAAGGAGAAGCAGCAGACUAAUUGCUAGCCCAUGGUUAUACAAUUGGACGAAGAAGAAGCCCGAAUACGUAACUAUUGAUGAUGAUGGCUCUAGUGGAAAGUAUCCUGGAAUUGUUUCGGGGGGAUCUUUACUUAGGAAAAAGGUAAGCGGUAGCGUGGUUGGCAAGGGGCCAGGUGAGGUGACCACACCGUUGCCAAGAUUGGACAUCCGCAGGGAAAGGAUGGAAGCAGAUGAAAUGCGUCGGAGUGCUGCGGACGAAGAGGAUGACGAGUUUAUGACUCCAGAAGAGCGCUUUGGCAGCUCAGGUAAGAAGACUGCAGGACUAGAUGUUGGAAAGGACGGAUGCUCCAGGUUGUCCGCGAAAUCGCGGGUUUCCACGGCUUCUAUUGUAAAACGUUUGCGAAUCAAGACUCUGCAGAACAGUAGCGAUGGGCGGGAUGUCUCUGGACUUUCUAAGCCUGAAAUGCCGAGAGUAGGAUCCUCCUCCUCUAAAAUGCCUGAGGUAUUGUCAGUAACAGAGAGAGUCAAGAGUUUUGUGUGUGUUUAGUGUCAUUGAUGUGCAUUUUAUUGUUAAAAAAACUGUGAUUAUAUGCUGCACUCUAGUUAGUCGGCAUGAUAAUGUACUGCAGUAGUAUCUGAGUUAAAAACACACGGGCAUCUAACCUGUUAUUCUUGUGCUUAGAGACAAGCC